AACCACGGCAGCGAGAGAGACCAUUCUUCUUACGUGCCGGUCGUCUUCUUCCAUAUGUAACUCUAACCAAUCUCACAAACACCAAAAACAAUAAGGGAAAUCCCAAUCACAUCCCUGCGAACUUGCAGAUCUCCCCUCAUUUCACUUUCUAGGGUUUCUUCCUUCAACGAUCGUUUCUAGUGUUCCUUUCUCUCUCUCUCGCUUCGUUUUCCAUCGAGAAACGAAUUCUUUCUGAAAUUCAAACGAAUUCCUCUACCUUCGCUUGUAAAUCCAAGCGCUAUGAUUCCAAAUGCGGUUCAUUGAUUGAAGACAUCUUGGACCUUCAUUUUCCGAAGGAGUAUGAGGUCUGAUUGAUUCUAGGGUUUCUUAUUUGAAUCUGACUUGGAUCUUCUGUUUAUGAUAGCGGAACCCAAUCAUGUCGGCGAAUUACGCAUCUGAUGGUGUUGAUGUGAAUGGAAGUGGAGAAUCUGGUGGGAAGGAAUUGGCAGUUUCUCCGGAUCUAGGGCUUUCGAGGAGUGAGGAAGAGGUUGGUGUUUACGUGGAAAGAUCGGAUGCUAUGGGUCAGGAAGUGGGUGUUAUUGGGAAUGGCGAUUUGGUAAGUCUGUCGAAUGGUGAACCUUUACCUGCUGAGGAAGAAACUAACAGCUUUGCUGAUGCCGAGUCCUCAGAGACCAUCGAGGCUCACCAAGUCUAUAAUGUCGCCGUGGGUGAAGUGGAUGAUGGAGCUGGAGAAGUCAUUUUGGACAACCACAUUGGAAAGCCUGUUGUAGUUGAGAUGCCAGCUUCAGUUGAUCAGGCGAUCCAUGAAAAUGGCAUUUUGGUAAAUGUCAAUAAGUCCAUGCAAGACCAUUCACAUGAUGAAAAUGUGUAUGAAGAUGCCAGCAAAGAUGAAAUGUUUGUUGAUGCGCCAGACCACAUGACUGCAGUCGAUGGGAGGGGUUCCGAUGUUGGGGAAUUCAAGGCUAUGGUGGAAACCACCCAGGAUGAUUCGGAGAAGGAAAUUGAUGUUCAAAUGGUCAGUGGAGAGAAUCAAUCCCACCAUCAGAUGGAUGAUCUGGCACUGUUGCAUGCUCAGCUGGACAAGGCCAUUGCUGAGAAAGAACUUUUGGUCCGUGAUUGCAGCGAAUACAAGGAAGAAAGAGAGAUGUUUGCAAGAGAAAUUUGUAAUUUUCAUCACCAGCUUCAAGUGCUGUCUGAUCAGUACUCUUUGCUAGGUGAGAGCCAUGAUGGGCUUGUUGAUCGUCUUCGUCGUGCAGAAAAGGAAAGCAGUGAGGUGAGGACUGUGGCCAUUGACAUGCCAUUACAUGUGAUGGUCAGUGAAUGCUCGGAGUUCACAUCACUUCUGAAAUGUGCUUUAGAUGAAAAAUUACAAUCUGAAGGCAUGAUGAGAGAACUUGACGCUGUUCUUUUUACAAAAGAUCAAGAGAUUGAAGAGCUUAAUGCGAAGGUAAUGGAGCUUUCAGUAUCUUGCGAUGUUGUUCUUUCUUAUAUGGAUUCCCUUCACAAUAUGUGGGAUGAGUCUUUGAAAGAGUCUGCUGGUACUUGCAUGCAUCUUGAGGAUUUUACAGACAGAUUGUUGGCUUCCCUUGGAUCAGUAGUUCCACAAGAUGAUGUGUCACAUGAUUCGGUUACUGAGAGAAUCUCUCUUGUUGAGAAGAGCACCAAAAUUCUGAUUGAAAACUAUACACAAUUCCUCUCUGAAAUCAAUCACCUUGGGCAGUGUCUGGCUGAGGUCAGUUCUGACUUUACAGUGCCACAAGAGAAGGAAUUUGGAUCUGUUUUUGAUGUAGCCCGUGAAGAGUUACUUGAACAAAAGAGGAAGGAGUUGGAUCAUCUUGAGAAGCUAAAGAGGCUUGAAGAAGACAAUCAGAAAUUGCUUGAAGAAAUAGACAAGGCCAAAGAGAGGCUUGAUGAAGUGAACGCUGAUGCGAAGAAAACCAAGACGGAACUUGAGCAGACAGAGAGUAAGUUGGCAUCUGCCAAAGAAAAGCUUAGCAUGGCAGUAACAAAAGGUAAAGCAUUGGUACAGCAGCGAGACUCAUUGAGGCAGUCACUAAAUGAGAAGAACAGUGAGCUUGAGAAAUGUUUGCUUGAGCUACACCAGAAAUCUAGUGCCCUAGAGGCUGCAGAAGUCAAUACUGAGGAGAUGAUCAAAAGCCAAAGUUUGGUCAAUUCUCUCCAGGAAUCUCUCCUAGAAAGGAACAUGGUUCUUCAGGAGUUAGAAGAACUCAUGUUUCAGACCAAUUCACCUGAAGAAAUUCAGUCCUUGCUGAUCAUAGAUAAAGUCAGAUGGCUGGUUAAUCAAAAAAGUAUUUUGGAGGGCAUUUUCCUGGAGAGCCGCAAGGUCAAGGAUGCCUUAUCUUCAAUUGAUCUACCAGAAAGUGUUUCCUCUGCCGAAUUAGAAUCCCAAAUCAACUGGCUUGGGAAAUCAUUUGCCCAGGCUAAAGAUGAUAUAAUCGAGUUGAAAGAUCAACUUGCUAGUACCCUGGAAGCUGUUGCAUUACAUGAAUCAGAAUUGUCCAAGGCACGCAAGGAAAUGGACAACUUCACAGGAUCCCUUUUGGAAGAAAAACUGGAAAAAGAUUCUCUCCGGGCAAGUUUGGAAGAUCUGACGUGCAAAUAUGAAGGAAUUGUUGAAAAGUUAUCUCUAGUUUCAUCUGAGAAGGAUGGGCUGAUGACAAAGUUACUCGAAUUUUCUGGAACUGCAAUGGAUGAUCAGGGGUUUGAAGAGCCUUCAUCUAAUCCGGACGCGCUUAUAGAGAAAUGCAUUGGAAAUAUAAGAGAAAUAAUCGCCGUCUCUUCUGAGUCUGCUCUUGUUGAGAAAGAAAAUUUUCAAAGGCUACAAAGUUUAUUAUAUGUAAGAGAUCAAGAACUGAUGCUAUGCAAGAAGAUGUUAGAAGAAGAGAUGUUUGAUAGAUCAGAGAUGGCAAGUUUAUCCAAUGAGUUAAGAAGAGUGUCAGAAGAAAUUGUAGCUUUGAAAACUGAGAGAGAUUCCCUGCAAAAGGAUCUCGAGCGAGCUGAGGAAAAGUCUUCUCUAAUUAGGGAAAAACUUUCUAUGGCAGUGAAGAAGGGCAAGGGGCUUGUUCAAGAACGAGAGGGCUUCAAACUGUCUCUGGAAGAAAAAAAUACAGAAAUUGAGAAGUUAAAAUGUGAGCUGCAGCAGCAAGAGUCUGCUGUCAAUGAAUUCAAAGACCAGAUUAAGAGAUUAUCUAGUGAUUUAGAGUGCAUCCCAAAGCUGGAGUCCGAUACUAUCACUAUGAAAGAACAAAAGGAUCAAAUCGAAAAGUUGUUGCUAGAGAGCAACAAUAGGUUACAGACACUAGUCCAUUCUAUAGAGCGCACUUCUUUUCCAACCAAUAUAGUUUUUGAGGAUCCUGUAGAAAAAGUGAAAUGGUUGUCAGAGUUCAUCCGUGAAUCGCAAGUUGCUAAGACUCGUACAGAUCAAGAGCUGGUGAAAGCAAAAGAAGAGGUUGAUCUGCAAGUUAGUAAGCUAGCAGAUGCCUGUGCCACCAUCAAAUUGCUAAAAGACGGACUGUCACAGUCAGAGAAUAUUAUUUCUGUACUUGGUGAUCAAAAGAAAGAUGCAGAAGUAGGUAAGACUCAUGCGGAGAAAGAAUUAGAUAAAGCAAAAGAAGAAGCUGAUCUGCAGGCUAGUAAGUUAGCAGAUGCCUAUGCAACCAUCAAAUCACUAGAAGAUGCACUGUCACAAGCAGAAAACAAUAUUUCUAUACUCGGUGAUGAAAAGAAAGAUGCAGAAGUAGGUAAAACUCAUGCAGAGAAAGAAUUAGAGAAAGCAAAAGAAGAAGCUGGUUUGCAGGCCAGGAAGUUGGCUGAUGCUCGUGCAAUGAUUAAAUCACUAGAAGAUGCACUAUCAGAGGCAGAAAAGAAUAUUUCUAUACUUGGUGAUGCAAGGACAGACACAGAAGUUGGCAAGAGGGCAGUGGAACAGGAAUUAGAGAAAGUAAAAGAAGAAGCUGGCAUGCAGUAUAGCAAGUUGGCUGAUGCCUAUGCAACUAUUAAGUCUCUUGAAGUUGCAUUAUCAGAGUCAGAAAAGAAUAUUUCUAUGCUUGGUGAUGCAAGGGAAGAUGCACAAGUUGGAAAGGUUUCUGUCGAACAAGAAUUAGAGAAGGCAAAACAGGAAGCUGAAUCUCAAGCUAGCAAGUUAGCAGACGCUUGUGCAACUAUAAAAUCUCUGAAAGAUGCCUUAGAGCAGGCAGAGAAUAAAGUUUCUGUACUUUCCGAUGAAAAGGAGGAAGCACAAUCCAAAAGCAAACAGGAGAUAACAGCACUAAGUGCAAAGUUAGCUGCAUGUAUGGAAGAGUUGGCUGCAAGUAAUGUAAGAAUAGAAAACCAGUCUUCUGAGCUGGUUUGCCACCUUAAUCAUCUUCAAAUUCUUAUGAAAGACAAAGGCUUGCUGUCCUUAUUGAAUGAAAGCUUCAAAAGAAAAUACGAGGGCAUGAGAAAUAUGAAUCUUCUACUCCAAAGUAUUCGAGAACAGUUCGCAACAAAGGGUUCAUCUUGGCCACAAUUUCAUCCAGGCACAGAGAAAGAUCCUCAUGCAACAAAGUACUUUCCACUACCACAAUUCGAAGAUCAAAAUGGUACAGUCGUUAACAAUGAGACAAGUACAGCAGAUCUUGUCAACAGCAUCCCGUCCUAUUUGCCAAAGAUUGUAGAAGGGUUCAAUGCACAAUAUAAACUUCUUGGUGAAAAAAUUGAAGGGUUCUCUAGUUCAUUGGAUGAGCAAAUUGCAUAUCUGUUACCAGUGUUACAGACAACAAAGGAUGAUAUCAUCCAUAUGCUUGAGCUCAUGGAGUCCUUGAAGCUAAACGUGAACGACUUGGAAGCUUGCAACCAGGCACAAGAAAAUCAAAUAUCUACACUGAAGAAUAGUACAAGUAUCCUACUUUCUGCAUGUGUUGAUGCAACCCAAGAACUGCAUAAUGAAGUCAAUAACAAUGCAUUGGAUCCAAAGUCCAUGCCGGAUCCGGAAAGCUUGAAUUACAGUUUGUACUCAAGAUCAAGAGAGGCUGAUAAUGAUGCAAUGGAAGAGCAUUGUGAUAGGUUUGGUGCCAGUAAAUGUGUUAAGGCAGCAGAUGAUUUGUUGCUGGCUCUUGGAAGAGUUCGGGCUCAAUCCAAACAGCUUGAGAAUGCGAAGAGCAUAUGGUUAACAACUGUUGAGGAUCUGCAAAAUAAAUUAAAAGAGUCCACGAUAACUGCCGAAAAUGCCAUAAAAGAUAGGGAUUUAAACCUCAAUAAAGUUUCUAAGUUGGAUGGUGAUCUAGAGGCAUUGAAUAACUAUUGCAAUGAGUGGAAGCUUAAGGUAGAGGAUUGUCAAGCCAAAGAGGAAAAGUUGAGAGAAAAAGAAUCAGAGCUCUCAUCGUUGCACUCUUCUUUAGCCAAGAAAGAAGAAGCUGCAGAAAAGGGUUUGUGGUCAGCAGAUCAAGUGGAAACCCUUUUUGACAAAGUAAAUAAGAUGGAAAUCAUUUCCGAAGAGUCAGAAGCAGAUAGCCCAGACCGGUAUUUCGCAGGACCUGUACAUAAGCUCUUUUACAUUAUUGAUAGUUAUGCAGAGUUGCAACAUACGAUGAAAUCACUGACUCAUGACAAGGGGGAGCUGCAGUCAACUCUUGCAGCCCAAGUUCGUGAAAUUGAACAACUGAGGAAGGAAGCUGAAACUCUUAUUAUUAAUAAUCAGGAUUUAGAAAGGAAACGGUGGGACUUAGAUGAGCUGACAAUGGGACUGGACAAAAUUAUUGAGAAGUUGGGAGGAAAUGAUUCAGUUGAAGAUACGAAAUCUGUUGGUGUGAAGGGACUCUUACCAGUGUUGGAAAAGCUGGUUAUAGCCUUAAUCCUGGAAUGUGAAAAUUCCAAGUCAAAAUCUCAGGAAUUGGGCACAAAAUUGCAUGAGAAGCAAACUGCGCUGGAUGCAUUGUCAGCUAGAGUUAAAUUGCUUGAAGAUUCGCUUCAUGACAGGCCAGCUUCAUCAGAUACUGUCCAGGAAAGGAGCAUCUUUGAGGCAUCUUCAUUAGCAACAGGGUCAGAGAUAUCUGAAAUCGAAGACGUGGGCCCACUUGGAAAGAACUCAAUCCCUCCCGCACCCAUUGCUGCUCAUGUGAGAACACUGCGAAAGGGUUCGAGCGACCACCUUGCUCUUAAUAUUGAUUUGGAGACCGAUAGACUAAUCAACCACCAUGAAUCUGAAGAUAAAGGCCAUGUAUUCAAGUCUCUCAAUACCUCCGGUCUCAUCCCAAAGCAAGGAAAGUUGAUUGCAGACAAAAUCGAUGGAAUUUGGGUGUCUGGAGGUCGCAUUUUGAUGAGCCGCCCUGGAGCGAGGAUAGGCCUCAUAGGCUACUUGCUUCUCUUGCAUAUAUGGGUAUUGAGCGCCAUUUUAUAACAGUAUGCCUUUGAUCCCUUUGCCGCUCUGCUAUUUGUAUCAUAGAUGUAAGUUCGCUUCUUUUUUUCUUUUUCUUUUUUUUUGUUUUCCUUUUCUUUUCUAUUCUUUGUAUCCUCCUUGAUUUUCAGCCAUCACUUGAUUGAUAGGGAUUUGGAGAAUCCAAGGUCUCAAUAAGGGGAGAAUAUCGUUUGUUCUUCUCUUAUUAUUCUUAUUUUCAGGUAAUAGGAAUAGGUACUGAAUACAGCAAAAUCUUUCGUCUGAAA